GCCAGUCAUUGGUCGGCUACUACUCAAUUCAAACCCCUUCAUGCGAAGCCCCCUCGACCCCGCCGGGACCAACUCCGCUCCGUUUAUAUGAUGCUGUAGCCCGUCUCUGAAGCGGAUUGAAAACACAUCACUCGUAGCAGUGCAGUCAAUUCCUGCAUAACUUACACGACUUGAAUCCGCGACCUUGUCAUCAUGCCACCAAUCACACUUUACUUUUUGCAAGCAUCGCGCUCCAUUCGCACAGCUUGGCUACUUGAAGAGCUAGGAAUCGAGUAUGAGUUGAAGUUUUCUGAUCGAACAUCGGCCUCCAAGGCACCUGAAGAUUUCAAGCUUGCGUCUGGCAACCCAUUGGGUAAAUUCCCAACGAUAAAAGAUGCAGACCUUGUAGUUCAUGAAAGCGGUGCAAUCAGCGACUAUCUAUGCGACAAGUACGAUAAGGAAGGAAAGUUGGUGCCGAAAGACGCGAAACAGAAGAUCAAAGUCUUGCAAUGGGUGCACGCCGCUGAAGCGACGUUUGCUCUUCACGGCCUCGCUAUCCUGUAUGCACGGUGGAGUAUCAAAGACGCACCAGAGGGCGUUCUUGAAGCGGCCGAGAAAGGAAUGUCGGUCAACGUUCAAAACGACAUGUCGUGGUUGGAAAGCGAGCUUUCGCUAUCCUCUGGCGAGUUCCUGGUGGGCGAUCAUCCUACUGCUGCCGAUAUCAUGAUGCAGUUCUCGGCGGCAUUCAUUAUAGCUAGGGAGCUAGGCACGAAUGGUAAGCAGUGGCCAAACAUCGAGAAGUGGCUGAAAGCUUGUGAAAAUACGGAAGGAUACAAGCGUGCGAUAAAGAAGACUGGAUACAACUUGGACCACAGUCAUGGGCCGACUACUUUGGCGAAUUGAAAUCGGGUGCAACAUGCAAGAAGAAUAGCACGAUACACAUGAAUACAUAUACCAAGCCAGGCGGUCCGAUCCGCUUACUUCCCAAUGCGGUUGGUGUCAAAGAGAAGCCGUGAGUUGCGUCCGGGACCCCGCCCCGCAUAUCGUAC